GGUAUUUUCGUGCCGGUCUUGCCGCCCGGCGACGAUCGGCUCGGACCAGUAGCGCGCUCGACGGCGCGCGGAACGGACUCGAAGGACGGCGCACUCUUUCUUCGGUUGUAUCUUCGAAAUAUCGUUUCUCGCUCCACGUGUGUGUGUGUGUGUCCGUGUCAUCGUCGGUGCCAUCAUCGGGAAGUUUCGGAAACGAUCCGGGCGACGCCGAUCGCGAUCGAAAUCACGGAUUCGGUUUUUUUAUCGGUGUCGGGGUGCCGCGCGGCUCGAAUCCUCUCGAUCAUCCUCCAGCAUUCGAAUCGACUCGUCCCGAAGUUCUCAGUGCGAUCGCAGCCAGCGUCCCUCUCCCCUUUCGUUUCGGUGCAGUGGUGAUCCUCGGGAACGCUUCUUCUCAUUGGCAAGAAGGAGAACGAUGCGCCGGUGACGCAACAGUUUCGAAAAUAUGUCCGGCGAUCGGUGUUACUCUUAAUAUUCGGCUGCGCGUUUCUCGUUGUCACCGCUUACUGACCUGUUCGACUUGAACCGACUCCGACCGGCGGCAAAAUGAUGCUGAUCAAGAGCUUCUUCCGGCGGAUCAUCAAGGACUUUCGGCACAAGGAGCUGCUACCCCUGAAAAUGAUAUUCUUCGUUCAGGCGUCCACGCUCUAUGUACUUUAUCCGUAUCUGACGAUACAUAUGAGGGAGCUUGGCAUAAACGUGGAGGAAACCGCCAUAAUGAGCGCCAUUACGCCGGUGAUCGCAAUGGUGAUGCCACCUUUGGCCGGAAUGUUCGCUGAUCGCCUGGGAAAUUUCAAAAUUUUAUUGUCGCUGUUCUCCUCGUUCGGCGGACUCGCGGCGUUGCUGUUGCUGCUCGUGCCGAUCGGCAGGAUAACCGUGGAAUUUCCGAACCGAGUCGUUAUGGACCUCGGCUGUACAGGGAAUAACGGGCUGCUUUACACGAUGAGCCAGAGUCAUCCUUGCGAGACGAACUUGCAAGAAAAGAUCUCCACCAGGCUGGAAAGUUGCGGUUACAUGUGUCGCAUGGACAUUUACAACGACACGGAGGUGGAGUCGAUUUUGUCGUCGAGAAUGUACACGAUCGUGCGGCACAAUUUGGAGACUGGCAGCAACUCCACCGUCAAGUUCACGAUCGCUCAGGAUGACGUGCCAGUGCAGCCGAAAGACGAAGACAUCCGGGAAUAUCGUAGGCUAACGAACAACGAGCACUACAAGACGUCGAUACGUCGUCUCUCGAGGUCCGAGUACUUCUUCCCGGCCAAUCAAUUGUACGAAUUCGCGUGCACCGUGUCCGGAUUCAUCGAGGACUUCGAGACGUCGACCUUCAACACUGCCAUGUCGAACAGAAUCUACGAGAACCGGACGCUUUGCAGCUUUAAUCCUAUUUUAUCCCUUAAGGGUAACGCGAGCAAAACGAUAAACUAUCGUUCGUACAAAUCGAAGCUGAAAAGGCUGUCAUUGACGGACGAGGACCGCGAGCUGGAACGUCAGCGAUACUCAUCGGAGGAGAUCGCGUGGACCGGCGAUCGAUUCGAGAAGAUUACUUGCGGGAAUCCCGAUCCCCGGACCGAGAAGAUUCGGCUGGAUCUGCCGCUGAUUAAUUACACGAGCAGCGCGACGCCGUACAAGUUCCUUACCAGCGAUGACUGUCACAAAAGGUGUAUAGCGACCGCGCCGCGGAAGGAAGUCUGCUCGAACAAGGACAUGGAGCUCGAAUUCAACGUCAGACUGACCUUUUGGCUUUACUUCGUCAUCAGAGUAUUUAUCGGUGUAAUCGGCGGAACGACGUUCGCGAUGUUCGAGGGCGCAGUGAUCGCCAUACUGCGGGAACAGAAAGCCGAUUAUGGUCUCCAAAGGAUCUACGGGAGUAUCGGUGGCAUGAUUUCCUCGCCGCUAUCCGGCCUCUUGAUCGAUUACGCGAGCCGCGACAAGAGUUACACGGACUUCCGGCCCGCGUUUUAUUUGUACGCGGCGUUGAAGCUGAUGUCGGGCGUGCUGAUGCUCGCCAUCAAUUUAGAAUUCAAAUCGCCGUCGACGGACGUGAUUCGCGACGUUUUCACAGUGCUGAGGAACAUCGAGGCCGCCGCCCUAUUCAUCGCGUGCUUCAUCCUCGGCACCGCUUGGGGCUACAUCGAGUCGUUCCUCUUUUGGCUGAUCCAGGACUUAGGUGGAUCAAGAUCACUCAUGGGUAUCACCAUAACCGUAGGCGGUAUAGCCGGCAUACCAUUACUGGUUCUAUCCGGGCCAAUCGUGUCGAAGAUCGGCCACGCCAAUGUGCUGUUCAUAGGCUUCGUUUUUUACGCCAUAAGACUUUGCGGUUACUCGAUUAUUUACAAUCCGUGGCACACGCUUAUAUUCGAGGCGCUCGAGUCGGUGACUUUGUCGCUCAGUUUCACCGCCGCUGUUACUUACGCUGCUAAAUUGUCCACCACCACCACCGACAGCUCGAUACAAGGGCUGUUAGGCGGUGUAUAUUAUGGAGUAGGAAAAGGUUCCGGAAGCCUGAUCGGCGGCUACCUGAUGAAGGCGUUCGGUACCCGGCCGACCUACCGCAUCUUCGCUGGGCUGACCUUGGUUACCGGGGUGAUGUACUACAUCUUCAACGUGGCGUACCUGAAGAAGCGUCCGCAGGUCGAAGGAAACGAGAUCGUGAAGAAGAAGCCGAAGAACGCGGAGAAUCGAAACGGCGUGGAGCCCGGAAUCAUCGAGAUACCGAUGGAGGAGAAGAAGAAGAAGACGUCGACGACGACGAAGAAGAAGAACGAGGAGCCACGCGACGAGGUCGAGACGAAGGCGAAGAAACCGCGGAGCGAUCUGUGCGACGGCGGCGUCGACAACGAGGCGUUCGCCAAGGAUUCCGAGAACACGAGGAAGCCGCGGGAGAACGGAAGCCGGCCGGCGAACGACAUCGAGGCGGUGAACAACGCGAAGAACCUCGACAGCAUCGAGAGGGCGGAGGACAACGGCCGGAAGAAGUCGAAGAAGGGGAAGAAGAGGGCGGAGGAACGGGAACGGGCGAAAGAAUGCUCGCGGCAAAACGGCGCGACGAAUCCGGGAUUCGACGACGAACAGGAUCGGUGUAACGUCACCAUCGAGAGCCAGCCGGAUGACAAGAAAUGAACACGAAAGUUCCUUCAGGGAUCUCCGUACCGCCUUUCUUCGUUGUUCCAACGAUCGAUCGAUCGAUCGAUCACGGGAACUGCGAUCCGCGUCGGAAACGAGGUGCCGCGGGGACAGUGGAAAUAUUUCCGGAUCGCCGUUACCACGGCUUUCGACGCGAUUUCGUUGGCGAUAGUCUCCCUAAUUGUCCCUCUUUUUGGUCUCCCUAAUUGACGCGCAGUUUGGGAACAAAGAUGGACAAUUUGGGAA